UAGAAAGCAACACUUGUCGAUCUCACACUUUUGGAGGAAAGUGUACUUCGGGACACAUUAUGCAGCAGGCGAUUUGGACUUUUGUGCUGUUUUGGACAAUACCACUGGCCACUGGAGGAGACGUCAGAGUGACCUGCGUCUUCACCAGUGACUGUGUGCUUCCCUGCAAGUCCAUGUAUCAUGACAUCAUCAAGUGGUACAAAGAUGGUACAGAAAAUGCAGUCCAUACUUUCAACAAUAAUAAAGAUCAUCUGGAGUACCAGGAUGCUGCAUUUAGAGGACGGACGUCUCUGUUCACGGAUCAGAUCUCUCAGGGAAAUGUCUCACUGCUGCUGAGAAUGGUCAGGGUUGAAGAUGAGGGGAUAUACACCUGCCACACCUCCUCCAGCUUUGAGGACCUGGAGAUAAUUGUCUGGCUGGAUGUGAAGGCCCCAAUUAAAAGGGUGGAUAUUAAAUUUACAGAUAAAGAAAUUACCUGCAACACAAGCAAAGUUUACCCAAAACCAAUAAUCUCUUGGUACGAAAUUCCCAGUCUACAAACAAAUAUCACAACAGAGACACACAAGGAUGAUCAGGGCCUGUUCUCACUGAAGAGCAUUUUCACAUAUGAACAAGAUGAACAAAGCGACACAAACAGAAAUCAGUCAGUCAAGCAAAUCACCAUAUACACCUGCUCCAUCAGCUUCGAGGACAAGAGUCAGACUUACACCGCCAGCCUGAGACAAGAAAAAGUUGACAUUUAUUCAGGACAGGAUGCUAAUAUUCACUGUCCUGUCUCUCGGGGAGACGCUGGAGACUACACCAUCACCCUGAGAUUUGGAGAGUCUUCUAUCAUUCUGAAGCCACAACUAAAUAACAUCCCAGAGCAGCUGGCAGGAAUAAACGUCCAUCUUGCACAUGACGGGAAAGUCACACUCCACAACCUGGACAUGGACAAACAUACAGGAACCUACAUAUGUGAGACAUUUAACGCACAAUCCACCAUUGAUGUGGUGCAAACCUCAGUGCAAAUCAUAUCAGAUAUCCACAAUAAUGGGAUUGCUGAAGUUUUGGGUGCAGUUGUUGUUAUCAUGGCCAUCAUAUCUCUUCUAAUCUACUAUUUAUGGAGAAGAAAAGGACAGAAAAAAAGAAACAAAGAAAACUCAAGAGAAAAUGAAGUAAACGAAGAAGUUGAGCUAGAGGAACCUCUUUCAGGAGAAAACCCUAGCAGUGAUACAGGUUCAGACAGUGAUUUCUGA